GCCAGUUUGUUUUAGAACUGUAAAAAGGAAGGUAUCAUGGCGCCCUGUUUGGACUUGCCUUACGACAUAAGGACGGUGACGCCUGAUGAAGAUAAAAUUAUCAAGAAGUGUCUCACAGGUUACACACGGAGUUUCGUAAAAUGCGGCAAGAAUGAGUACGUGAUGCCCGGCGUGUUCAGAAAACAUGCGCAUGCGAUUUACAACUUGCAAGUGCGGCCUGAUGAUGUGUGGGUCAUCACUUUUCCUAGAUCAGGCACAACAUGGACGCAAGAAUUAGUUUGGCUGGUACAAAACAAUUUGGACUUCGCAGCUGCCAAACAGAAGCCUUUGUACGAAAGGUUUCCCAUGCUAGAAACGACAAUACAGAUCCCAGAAAUAGCGUUCGAACUCAUCAAAGCGAACUUCAUGAAUCUGAAAAACUUCCAAGGCUUAGGGCACGCUGUGAAGACACCGAGUUGGAAGAUAAUUGAGGACCAGACUUCUCCAAGAUUCGUGAAGACACACAUGCCACUAUCCCUGCUGCCUCCGGGGCUUCUGAAAACUGCUAAAGUGAUUUAUGUGGCGAGGGACCCGAGAGAUGUCGCCGUGUCGUAUUUCUAUUUGCACAAAAUGGUCAUGAAGAAUUUGAUGAGGAGCAAUUUCGUUGCGUUCUGGGAGGCGUUUAGGAGAGAUUUGUUACCAUGGGCUCCAAUUGUAGCGCAUACGAACGAGGCAUGGCUGAAACGGCACGAACCUAACCUGCAUUUUGUGUUCUACGAAGAUCUGAUUAAGGACCUGCCAAAAGAGAUCCGUAAGAUAUGCAAGUUCCUGGGUAAAGAGUACACAGACGAACAGUUAGACCGCCUGUCAGCACAUCUCAGCUUCGACAGCUUGAGGAAGACCAAGACUGUGAACAACAGCACGGGGGAGAAGGAAGACGAUAUACAGUUCAUACGAAAAGGUGAAGCCGGUGGCUGGAAGGCACAUUUUACCAAAGAGAUGGAGAUGCAAGCGGAAGAGUUCUUACUUGACAGACUCAGAGGGUUAGACCUGUCAUACCCGUCAUUUCCAACGAGAGAAACUACGCAUUUAUAGAAAAUAGAGGUAGUUGUAAAUAGGAAAGAAAAUAGGUUUAAUUCUAAUAGUAAGUCUGGCUAGAUAAAGAUUAAUCAGUAUUCCAAAGAAGAUUUAAUAGACAAUGGUGUUAAGACAAUUAGUUAACUUUAUGUAAUUUACAAAUUUAUUAAUAUUUAUUAGAAAAAGCAACUAAAAUAUAUUGUAUUUAUUCUUCGAGAGCGGCUCCUAAGGAUUACAAUUUUAUUUUAAGUAGUUUAAAAAUGAAAUAAAUUAAUUUACAGUGAAACACGGCCAAAAUAGAAAUAAAUAUAGGUAUGUCGUUGUUUGGAAAACACAAUACUGUACAUUUCAAAAUUCUAAAUUGAGAGAAAAAAAAUAACAGUUUUAUUGUAAAUAGAUUAUCGAAUUGAAAUAGAUACGAAUAUAUAGGUUGGGCCCAUAGAAAAUUGAAUGAAAAAACAUAAUUUUUCAGAUAACUAUGGUCGUCAUUUCUAUUAAAAAAGCGACUGGAAUCCACCAUUUUUAAUUAUUUUUUUAUUUAGAUCUCAAGCUGUUUAGAAAUACUACAUAUAUAUUAUAUUUAUUUAAAAACUAUGCCGAAAUGGUUCCUGGAUAUGCCUAUCUAUAUGGAGAUAUCAAAAUUUAUUAUUUUUAUCUUAUUUUGAUAGUGAUUGUAGAUAAUCCUAGCUUACGUGAGCAAUAUUCAGAAAUGUUUGACAAACUGAUAAAAUACAUACAUUUUAAGGUGCUAGAUAAGUGUUAUAUAAGUUAAACUGGUCUCAUGUUCAAUAAUGUUAUGUAAAAAUAUAUGAAUGACUUUCGUAUGGUACUGGAAUUCGUUCCAGAUGUAUCUAAAUGUUAAAACUGUGGGCUUGAUAAAAAAGUAUACAAAUUUACUAUUUAUGAACAUAACGAGGUGAUAUAUGUAUAUUUGUAUGUGGACCAAUGUACGUAAACUUGUUCGGAAGUUGUAUAAACGUAAUAAAGGCGAAUUCCCAAUGAAUAUGAGUAAAUAUGCUGUUCACUGUACAUAACAAAUAAUCUUGGGUACCUUGAGUUUACCAUUCAAAUUAUUUUUUGGUCUGAUAUAAACGUAUGACAGCUAAAAAUAAAAAAAAUAAAAUGACGAUUCCAAACUGCAAAGUUUAAAGUACUUACUUAAUCGCUAUUUGAGACAUCAAUGAAUCAAA